AUGUCUGUUCUACGGUGGUCUAAAGACGUUCAGGAGAGCUUUGGUCACAUGGACCAACAGGAGGAGAAAGCAGGCAAAACGGAGCCCAAAGGAGCUCGAUCGAGUCGAGUCGCCGAUCGACUCGAUCGACCGAUCACCCACUCGAUCGAUCCCUACAGCGCUACACUCGAUCGAUCCCAUGCAAAGGGAGUAGCUCGAUCGAUCCCAUGCAGAGCGACGAAGCUCGAUCGAUCCCGUUCUGUUCAGCCGUUCGAUCAAUCCCGGUCAGAUGAUAUCACAGCCGUUCGAUCUACUUGGUGCAAACCGACUUGA